AUGCCGCUCGCCGCCGCAGAUUCGCACCACGGCGGCGGCAGCAGCAGCAGCAAUCCCAUCGCCGGCGCCCCCUCCGAUGACGAUCCCGCCGCGGCUGCUGCUGCGACGGCGGCGGCUCCCAGCAAGCGGCCGUCGUCAUCGCGAGUAGCUGCUGGUGCUGCCGCCGCCGAAGCCGACCCUGCUGAUGCUGCUGCCGAUGCCCGCGCGACAACACCAACGGCCGCACCUCGGUCCGGUGAUACCCAAGACAAUGCAGCUGCCUUUGCGCCCUCGAUUCCCAGACCUGCUGCGCCGCCUUCCGUCCACUCCUCGACCUCGAAUACUUCCACGUCACGCACAUCCGCUCUCUUGUCUCGCCUCAAUCUGCCCUCUUUUACCAGACGCUCCCGCAGUCGCAACGUAAUCGACUUCCAUAUCCGACCUGACGAACCGCACAAGACCUACAGCGCCGGCGAUACCGUCCGCGGCCACGUCAACAUUGCCGUGCUCAAGCCGAUCCGCAUCACCCAUCUCGUCGUCGCCCUUCACGGCUACAUUCACGUUUUCAAGGAUGCUUCCGCCAAAGCCAAGGCGAGUGGCCUCCCGGUAGCGCCGCGUGGCGGCGUCUCGGAGCUUCCUCAGUACCACGGCAAUGGCCUCGCCAGUCUCUUCCAAGAUGAGCAAGUUCUCGCCGGCGAGGGCAGGCUCGAGGCUGGGCGCUACGAAUUUGGCUUUGAGCUCAUAUUCCCAGACAUUGGCCUGCCCAGCAGCAUUGAUUUUGAACGCGGCACCGUAUCGUACAUGAUUACAGCGACGCUGACAAGACCGACUGCCAUUGCGCCAACUAUGUCUUGCGACAAGCGUGUACUGCUUCUCGAAAAGAUUGACAUUGGUCAUCUACCACCCCCGCGAUCACGAACGAUAUUCCUUGAACCUAUUUCAAAACGCACGCGGCGCAAACGAUCAGCCAUACUCGACAAGGCGCCCGCAGUCGUCCCGGAGCCGCCCUCCACCGGCGUGCCUAACGAUCGUACCUCCGAAGCAAGCUCAGUAGACCGGACAGGGGCCGCCUCCGACUCGGUUCGUGAUGGUGCGCAUGCGGAAGCUAGUCGUCCUAUCCAAAUUGACAUGAGAAGUGAAGUCAGCGGCGAAAGCGGUCGCAGCAUCAGCACAGCUGUGAGCCGUAGCGACGUUACGCCACUGUCUCAUGUAUCUGCAUUCAAGUCGCCUUCAAAGCAAAAGAUUGUCGACAACAAGACCAUUACCGCGACCAUUGAACUGCUGAAGGGCGGCUGUCUUGCUGGCGACAUGGUGUCGAUUCGGGUAUCUGUUCAGCACAUUAAGCGCUUAAAGAGUUUGACGGGUGUGAUUGUGACCCUAUUUCGUCAGAGCAAAAUUGACUCUGCACCACCUGCGUCACUAUUUACUGGAAACGACUUCGAAGCUAUUGGCGAUGACGGGUACCCCAGGUCAAGAACGGGACUGGCUGGUUUGUCAUUGUCGUCGACAGGUUCAACGAGCAUGUUUCGCAAGGACUUGGACCAAAAUACGGCGCCACUGAUUAUCGAUCCUUCAUCAUUACAUGCAUCCGUCACAUGCUCACUGAAGCUUCCAGAUGACGCAUUUCCCACAAUACGAGGCGUUCCUGGCGCCAUGGUCAGCUUCCGCUAUCAUAUAGAAGUAAUCGUCGACUUGGGUGGCAAGCUCUCCGGUCAAAUGCUCCAAGGCGGGCAGCAAUCAACAAACCGCUUGGGCCAGUACAUGACGUCUGGCGCAGAUAAUUCAUAUGGCCCCAGAGUGGCCACAAACAUCAUUGACACAACUCCCCUGCGGCGGCAAAAAGGCGUCGUAUCAGUAUCUAUGGAAACCGUGGUAGGCACUGUCGACAGCUCUCGCCGGCGGAAGCCUCUUCGGAUAUCGCCCCGCCACCAAACACCGCGUGUGCCGGAAAGCGACGAGGAUGACAUUAUUCGCGCCGAGCUCAAUGAACGACCAGCGCUCGUCGCCUCUUCCGCUAUAUAUACAUCACCACCUCUGAACGACCGCCACUACGCUUCACAACCGCCGCUAUUACAUCCCUCACGAGCCAAUUCUGGCCCUUCAGGCCCGCCCCAGCCUGAUUAUCACUCGCACAGUCACCUAAAUGGGCACUCGCGCGAGGCAGCCCCUGCAUACAUCCCGCAGCCGCAAAUGCCCGACUCGAGCAACAUGACGGACAAGGAACGCAUACGCCAGGCAGAAACGCGCCUGUUGCCGAGCCAGCCUGCCGCAGCCGGCGCGUCCUCGUCUACCUCGGUGCCAGACGACGACAAUAUAUACGAUGCGCAGGAGCCCCCGCGUCAGCCACCCUCUGCCGGGCCAUCAGCGCCUACGGAAGAUGAAGCGGUUGCGGGACCGUCUGCACCGAGCGAGGAUGCUCUGGACGGUUCGUCGGCGUAUCCAGUGGAAGACAAGCAAGAGCUCGAGCGUCAGCGCCUCAUUCACGAAGCGAGCGCGCCGCCAGAAUUUCCGGAUGACAUGGAACGGUCCAACGACCCGAGCCCUGCGACAGAGACGGAUGUUGAGCCCAGCGCGCCGAUGCUCGACGAGGACGCGGAGGAGCUGGCGGGUUAUGGCGUCGGCGGUCCGUCGAACUCUGCGGGUCCGUCGGGAAGCCACAGUCACCGACCAAACGGCGAGCAGCUUCCAGCUUAUCAGCGGUGA